CUCUGACCAGCAGCAAUACCCCCAUCAUGUUUGCUUUGAAAUCCGUUGCUUAAAUCACACAAUUCGCAGGUACAAGAAGCAAUCAUCAUCAAUCACCGAUUCAUCAUAUGCAGAAGACCUAAAUCGAGAAAAUCCGAAUCAACAUCGACACAAAUGGCUCGAGCAGGUGGAAUAACAAAUGCAGUAAACGUAGGGAUAGCAGUUCAAGCUGAUUGGGAGAAUCGAGAAUUCAUUUCUCACAUCUCUCUCAACGUUCGUCAACUCUUUGACUUCCUCGUUCAAUUCGAGGCUACAACAAAGAGCAAACUGGCAUCUCUGAAUGAGAAACUUGAUACGCUAGAGCGUCGUCUAGAAUUGCUUGAAGUACAAGUUAGUACUGCUACAGCCAAUCCGAAUUUAUUCAAGACUUGAUCCUACUAGACUAUGACAUUGUAGAAAAAGAAAAGAAAAAUCUAAGGCCUACGUACAAAAGCCUGUCUUUCAUACUAAGAGCUGUUUAGCUUGUUCAAAUUCCGUGUGAUAAAAGAUUGUUUGCCUACUUUUCAUAUAUUUAUAUAUGUAGUUUGUUUGUGCAUUUUGUUAUUGGAAGAGUUCCCUUCUCUUUGUUUACAUA